GGAAGAGUUAGCCGAGGUGCGGCUAGCCAACUCGGCUAACUAGUCGUGCCCAACAAGCACCCGUGGCUGUGCGGGGAUGAUUUGUGCGGGUUAGACGUGGGUCUGCCUGUGUGUGAGUGCGGGACGUGUGUGUGUAUUUGUGUUCAUCCCGCGGAGCUAAAGGUGCCCACGUUCUGCUGCAGAGGAGAGAGCACCAGGAUGAGGAGAGAGUAGGCCCCCCGCCGUAGCAUGGCCGCGUCCCGUUCCUCGCGUGUCACAAGGUCAUCAGUCGGGCUCAAUGGAUUGGACGAGAACUUUUGUGGCCGAACCCUCAGGAACCGCAGCAUCGCCCAGCCAGAGGAGACCUCGGUGUCUCCUCUACCCAGGGCCCGCUCGCCCAAGAAGAGGCAGGACGGCAAGCAGGAGUCGAGACAGGAGUCGAGACAGGAAUCUAGACAGGAGUCGAAACAGGAGUCGAGACAGGAAUCUAAACAGGAGUCGAGACAGGAAACUAGACAGGAGUCGAAGCAGGAAACUAGACAGGAGUCGAAGCAGGAGUCGAAGCAGGACACCAAACAGGAGAGCAGGCAGGAGUCAAAGCAGGAGGCUAAACAUGAUUCCAAGCAGAACACUCGGCACGAUGGCCAGCCUCAGGCCUCGUUGCAGGCAAAGGAAACUGACUCAAAUGCUUCCCCAGCCGAGGUGGAGCAGUGGCCCGGCUCCAGGAAGCGGGGCGUGUCCUGUUUAGAAAAAGACAUUAGUCCCGAGAAGCCCGAGAACUGUGACCGAGGCAAAGCGGCGAGAGAUCCCUCUCCUCAAAUCAAAAGGGCCAAGCGGUGCUCCCGCUCCGGAGAGUCUCAGGGACCCGAGGAGCAACCCGAGCCUCUGAGGCCUGAAAGUCCAGUAUCUGUACCGGAGCCCGGCAGGUGUGAGGAGUUUCCCAGCCAGAACUCUGCUCACUCGGCUCCGGCCUCACCGCUCCUCAGCACAGAGGCCGGCGAGCUGAUGGCGGUGAAGGAGGAGGACGUUCACCUGGAGUGCGACGGGGUUUCCCAGCCCCUGAACACUCACAAAGCUUCUAAUGGACUCGCGGAGAGUCCGGCCAAGGAACCCGGCACGCUCACCGAAGAGACGAGUUCGAGUCCCGUCUCCGUCACCAGCUGCCCGUCGCUGCUCAACGGCAGCCAGGGGGGGGCGCCCUCGUCCCCGGACCCCGCCGUGCCUUGUAGAACCUCUGACCCCGGGCAGAUGGAGGUCUCCGGCUCACGGGACUCGCCAGCCUCCUCUGCGCCGCCACCCGAGGCGGCUCCAGAGGAUCCCAUCCCUGAGUUGAUGGUGGCCAAGCAGGAGGUGGAGGAGGUGGACGUGGUGGGGGGGGAGACUCUGUGUCUGUCCCACGAGGAGCAGGUGACGGAGAGCGACACCAACGGCCGGCCGCCGAGCCCGGUGCAGGAAGCUGCUGCUGCCUCCACCUCCUACACCACACCCAACACGAACAAUAGUCCAAUCAACAACGGCAACUCAGGAGAAACAACCCCCCCACUAGCAACGACCCCCUCCCCCACAGAGCCGGGGUGCAACCCCUCGAUAUCCAGCAUGCCCCCCUCCUUCACGGAGCUCUAUGAACACAGAUACACGCUACGCACCUCACCCAGGAGAGCUGCUACCGGUGGCAAGGCCACCUCCUCCAAGCCCUGCUCGCCGCCCCGAGACAAUGGUCCCAUGAGGGAGGAGGGGGAGGUGGAGGUGGGGCUGGAGGAGGUGUGCCCGAUGGUGGAGGAGCCGGCCCCCUCGGACUCUGUCGGCCCCUUUAAGGAGGAGCCAAUGCCCGCGGGUCCCGGGGCCAGGGCAGGUGGCGAGCCCGGUGGUUCUCUGGAUCGGAAAGAGGCCGAGCGCAGCAAGGAACUCGCUCCGAGCCAGGCCGCCGAGGAGGAGGAGGAGGAAGAGGAGGAGCCAGACGUGUAUUAUUUUGAGUCUGACCACCUGGCUCUUAAACACAAUAAAGAUUACCAGAGGCUGCUGCAGACCAUCGGGGUCCUGGAGGCCCAGCGCACGCAGGCCAUCCUGGACCUGGAGACGCUGGCGCGGCACCAGAGAGAAGCACUCGGAGAUCCCAUCAGCUUCGUGGAGCAGCUGCAGAAACAGGUGAACUUGGGCCUGCCGUGUCCUCAGCGGGUCGUCCAGCUCCCCGACAUCGCGUGGGAACAGUACACCUCAGGACUCGGCGACUUUGAGAGGGAGUUCUGCGACAAGAAGCGCAAAACCCGGCGGCUACAGCUGAUCUUCGACAAAGGUUUGCCUCUUCGACCAAAGAGUCCGGUAGAGCCCAAGAAGGAGGGCGAGUCCUCCACCAUGUACUCGUCCCUGCCCACCAGCGACGCCCUGGAGAACGAAAGGCAAGCGCAGAUGAUCAGGGGGAGGAUGUGUCAGCCAAACAAGUCCGACACAUUUAACCAGCUGUGGACGGUGGAGGAGCAGAAAAAGCUGGAGCAGCUUCUUGUGAAGUUUCCUCCUGAGGAGGUGGAGUCCAGGAGGUGGCAGAAGGUCGCUGACGAGCUGGGGAACCGAACAGCAAAACAGGUUGCCAGCAGAGUUCAGAAGUACUUCAUCAAACUGACUAAAGCUGGUAUCCCUGUGCCUGGAAGAACACCCAACCUGUGCAUGUACACUAAGAAGGCGUCCAGUAAGAGACAGCACCACCUGAACAAGCACCUGUACCGACCCUCCACCUUCCUCACCUCCUACGAGCCGCCGGUCUUCAUGGACGAGGAGGACGAGCGAGCGGCGUACUACGGCAGCGUGCAGGACCCGUCCGCCGACGACUCGGAUGACGAGAGUGUUCCUGUGGAGCUGAGAAAUCUGCCAGAGUACAAAGAGCUUUUGGAGCUGAAGCGACUGAAAAAGCAGAAGCUCCAGGAGUUCCAGGAGGAGAAGGUCGGGGUGCGACACCUCGGCUUCAAGUGUGACGUCUGUGGCAUGGAACCCAUCACGGGGGUGCGGUGGCACUGUCAGGAGUGUCCGUCUGACAACGCAGUGGAUUUCUGCUCCAGCUGCUCCGACUGCUUGUACAAGACGGAGACCCACAAGCCGAACCACCACCUGGAGCCGGUCUACCUGUCGGACACCUUCCUGGACCGGGACUACUGCCUGCCGCAGAGCACCGGCUACAACUACCUGGACCCCAACUACUUCCCAGCCAACAGAUGACAGGGUCCCAGGCGCCCGGAGCUCCAGGCUCUGACCUCAGAUCCUCAGAUCCUCAGAUCCCACCGGCCGCUCUGUGCUCGGCUCCAUCCUCCAAGUCCAAGAUCACCGCUCAACCCGCCGCCAGGCAGGAAGCUGCUGGUGGGGGGGGGGGCUGUUGGUCAACUGGCCUCCCUGACUCGAGCAAAAAGGGGGCGGCCAUGUUGGUUCCUCAGAAUACAGGAGGGGGGG